UCCCGCGGCUGCGCCUCCUCCCAGCCGCCGUUGUUUCAUUUGCGCCAUUUUGUCCGCUCACUUUGUUGAUUGGGCUUUAGCGUGCUGUACUGGAGCCAAUCAGAGGGAAACCGGACAGUGAAGAUACGAGGAUCCAGUAGCGAACCAUGGAGCAGUACACUACUGCCACCACCACGACAGGGGAGCAGAUUGUUGUGCAGACUGCCAAUGGACAGAUCCAGCAGCAGACACAGGGCACAGUGACAGCUGUGCAGCUGCAAACAGAGGCUCCAGUGGUGACGGCCUCAGGCCAGCAGGUGCAGACACUCCAGGUAGUGCAGGGGCAGCCCCUGAUGGUCCAGGUGAGCGGAGGACAGCUCAUCACGUCUUCAGGGCAGCCGAUCAUGGUGCAGGCCAUGUCAGGGGGCCAGGGUCAAACCAUAAUGCAGGUUCCUGUGUCUGGAGCUCAAGGACUACAGCAGAUCCAGCUGGUGCAGCCGGGUCAGAUACAGUUGCAAGGUGGACAGACUCUCCAGCUCCAAGGCCAGCAGGGUCAGCCCCAGCAGAUCAUCAUCCAGCAGCCCCAGACGGCCAUCACCGCUGGACAGAACCAGGGUCAGCAGAUCAGCGUACAAGGCCAGCAGGUGGCACAGACAGCUGACGGACAGACCAUCGUCUACCAGCCCGUCAACACAGAUGGUUCGGUUCUGCAGCAGGGAAUGAUCACAAUUCCAGCUGCCAGCUUGGCAGGUGCCCAGAUCGUACAAGCCGGCGGUGCCAACACAAACACCACCAACAGCAACCAAGGCACUGUGACCGUCACCCUGCCCGUCUCCGGCAACAUGGUCAAUGCAGGUGGAAUGGUCAUGGUAAGACCCUGUGGAGAGAUGGUUCCCGGAAGUAGCGGCGUUCCCACAAUGCAGCGUAUCCCACUGCCAGGGGCGGAAAUGCUAGAAGAAGAGCCUCUUUAUGUCAAUGCAAAACAGUAUCAUCGUAUCCUGAAGAGAAGACAGGCGCGGGCCAAGCUGGAGGCUGAGGGCAAGAUCCCCAAAGAAAGGAGGAAAUACCUACACGAGUCUCGCCACCGCCACGCUAUGCAGCGCAAGCGAGGAGAUGGAGGCCGUUUCUUCUCCCCUAAAGACAAAGAGGAAGCAGGGUUGUCCUUGUCGCAGUCACUGAUCUUUUUUGCCUCUGAUGCUGUUGAAACAGCAGGACCUGGCCCAGGCAGCAUCAGAUGAGACAGUGGCUCAGAUGAUCCGAGUCUCGUAGCACCGUCGCUGACAUCAACACCUCAGAGAUUCUUCAUCCCACUUAACAUCUGAGACGCCUUCUCAUGUCAUCUGUAGUCUUUAUUGCCCGGAUACACCAAACAGUGCUUUCACUGAAGGUUUUCUGUUGUGUCCCAACAACUUCACUGGUCUUCCAGGAAGCUGGCGAUGAGGCUGCUGAGCCAGCGGACUUGUCUGGUCUUCAUCGGUCAAAUGAUGAUGUUGUCAUGCUCAGCUUGUCUGGUUGAGCACUUAAUAGACCAGCCAUUUUUUGUUUUAUUUUGUUUUUGACUCAUUUGAAAGUUUUUGUUUUAACUCCUUUUGUAAAUGGUACCAGUUUUCUUUUUUGUUUACGCUAGAUUGCUGUUCUGUGUCAUUUAUGUGAUGCUCGUUAUAUUGUAAUUAUUUCAACACAUUUUCUGUGUAGCUGCACUCAUCUGAGGUUCAACCUCCAUUUACUGAGCAAAACCUGAGAUGUGUUAGUAAUUUAAAGAUAUUGUACAGAAGGUUUCCUCCUUCACUGUGUGUGAAAAAAACAUACCAGUUCUGUGGAUGCAUUUUAUACACUUUGUAGUUAGACUUAGUGUUUUUGCAAGAUAAGAGUUGUUAAAUGUUACAUCACAUUAUACCAUCUAUCCAUGUCUGUAAUUUUUCAUCUCUUAAGUCUAUCUAUCUGGGUUUUUUUUUCAUUGUAGAUAAAUCUAUUCUUUUUCACCCAUCAGAUACAGUCCUGCGAUGUUAUAUUUUGUUUUUUAUAAUGAACAAAGGUUGGACAUGGUGUUCAUGAAACCGCCUGUUAAUUAAAAUUUUAUUAAGUGA